UCAAAACGUCAUCUGUUACACCACAAUCCUCGUCGCGUCUAUUUUACACCGAUGCAUUCCUCCGCACAGCUCUCACUGUAUACUUGUGAACAACAAUGAAACAACCAAAGCCUCAGAGUCUCUUCCUGUUCUUCACUUUAAUCUUCACCCUGUACCACGCAACGGCGGACCAUGACAACCCCAACAGUCGCACCAGCAUAGUCUUUGCUACUCUGGGUCGAUCCAGCUAUGCCUUCGACAUAUUCUCUCUCCCGACAUGGGACCCACCAACUGACGCCGACGAAAUCCAACUCACCGACGGCUACUCCGUCAAUUUUAAUGGCAACUUCCCCUCAAUCUCAUCACCCUCCAUAUUCUCUCUCCUACCCAAUCAAACCCUCACCACCACCCCAACUGCCACUGACCCACCACCCCUACUCCUCAUCUACGUCACUGAACGCAAUGGUUCAUCAAACAUAUUCCUCGAUGUAGUUUUCUACCAUAGUUCUGACCGCACCAGAAAAAGAUCAGUUCUUGAUAAUUCAGCUAAUCUCCCACCUGAGUCAUCUCGGAUUCAAGUUCCUCUGGUGGGUGGUGGAGAGUCACACGACCGAGUUUCGAUGAAAGAUAGGCCGAGUUUGGUGGGUGAGUACUUGAUUUACGUUUCGACUCAUGAGGACUCGGGUGUGGGUCGGAGGAGUUGGGCAGCGGUGUACUCAACUCAUUUGAAAACUGGGUUGAUUCGGAGGUUGACGCCAAAAGGUGUUGCCGAUUUUAGUCCGGCGGUGUCUCCUUCUGGGUUGUGGACCGCGGUGGCGUCGUAUGGAGAACCGGGUUGGGACGGUGAGGUUGAGGAACUAGGUACGGACAUUUAUGUGUUUUUGACUCGGGACGGGACACACCGAGUUAAGGUGAUCGAGCACGGUGGGUGGCCGAGUUGGGCUGACGAUUCGGCUCUGUAUUUCCAUCGGAGGUGUGACGAUGGUUGGUGGAGUGUUUACAGGGCCAUUCUUCCUCAGAAUGGGUUAUUUAGCGUAGGCUCAGUAUUAACUCAGCGAGUCACCCCACCGGGUCUGCACGCAUUCACACCAGCUGCCUCGGUAGCCAACAAGAGUUUCAUUGCAGUGGCGACGAGGCGACCCAAUUCAGAGUAUCGUCAUGUGGAGUUAUUCGACGUCGUUCUGAAACAGUUUAUAGAGGUAACCCGACCUGUUUCCCCAAAUGCUCACCAUUUUAACCCGUUUAUAUCACCAAACUCUAGACGGGUCGGGUACCAUAGAUGUAGAGGGGCAAGCAAUGGAAGGAGCAGUAAUAAUCUGUUACUUGAAAACCUCCAAAAUCCAAUACCCGAAAUCUCUUUAUUCAGAAUUGAUGGGUCGUUUCCUUCCUUCUCACAAGACGGGGGCCGGAUUGCGUACGUGAAAUUCCCGGGUCUUUAUGUGAUGAACCGGAAUGGGUCGGGUAUGCGGGAGGUCUUUAGUGGGGAUGCCUUCUCAACUGCAUGGGAUCCGAAAAGGGUAGGUGUGGUCUACACCAGUGUGGGGCCCACAUUUGCAAGUGAGAGCACCGAGGUUGAUAUAAUCUCCAUUAACGUUGACGAUGAUGAGUUAAGUUACAAAAAAUUGACAGCCGGAGGCGAAAAUAAUGCGUUUCCGUCACCUUCGCCAGAUGGAAAAUGGGUCGUGUUCCGAUCAGGGCGUUCGGGUCAUAAGAACUUGUAUAUAAUGGAUGCUUCGGAUGGAGAAAACGCUGGCCUCCACAGGCUAACGGAGGGUCAAUGGAGCGACACGAUGUGUAAUUGGUCACCUGAUGGUGAUUGGAUCGCUUUUGCUUCGGAUAGGGACAAUCCGGGUUCUGGUAGUUUUGCACUGUAUAUGGUUCACCCGAAUGGAACAGGGUUGAGAAAGGUGGUCCAAAGCGGGUCGGGUGGUCGAUGUAACCAUCCAUGGUUCAGCCCGGAUGGGAAAUAUAUUGUGUUUACUUCAGACUAUGCCGCGGUGUCUGCUGAACCAAUCUCGAACCCACAUCACUAUCAGCCAUAUGGCGAUAUAUUUACGGUGAGAUCGGACGGUUCUGAGAUACAGAGAUUGACCCACAAUUCAUAUGAAGAUGGAACCCCGGCUUGGGGACCCACAUUCAUGAAGCCUGUUGAUGUUGAGUGGCCAAAUGGUGGUCCACAGUGCUCAUUUGAGGAUUGUUAUUGGCUCAACACAAGUCUAAGUCUUGGUCUUGAGGCUGCAUAUUUGGGUUCCAGCUCAACCAAACUCCAAUGUCCUCUGUGACAAAUUCGUACACUAUUGCAAUGUCUAAUGUGCAAUCACUGUACGUGUUUCUUAUUACAUAUAGACGUUACCACUCUCUUAUUUGUAUAUAUAUGUACAAUAUAUAGAUGAGCAACAUAUGCAUGUAUAAAUGCUAGUAGAAAGAUCUUUACUUCAGUCCUCGUUAGUCGAAGGUGCGGAGUUUGUCAAGAGUGUACUGAUUGGCAGUUCGAACAAAGUGCAUGUCGUCGAAUUCGAGCCCACAACCUCAAAAUCGUUCGACACUUUUAACAAUGCACUAGAGAAUGUAUCUUUAUUUAUUGAUACUAGUUAAGGAGUAUGUAUAUAUGAGCAGGGAUGUACUACUUAUGAAUAUUGUUGUUGAAAUAAAAAUUUUAGUGUUA